AAACAUUCUGAACGAGAAAUUGCUUGCGUACGGACGUGUUUUCUCUUGCUUUUGUUGAACUUGUAUCGGAAAUUUGUAUGUUCAUUAUUUAUGUGAGUGCGAUUCGGCUCAGUUGUUAUUCAUUAUUAUUAUCGUAUAUAAACUUAUUGAAAAUUGUGAAUCUGCUAUGAAACUAAUUCAUUAAUCACACGCAAAUCUAAAAGUUUCCAUCUUAUGAUUUUUGUGUUUAGAAGGACUUAAUCUUUUAUUGUUACUGGAAUCAAACAAAAUUGUCAAUUAUAAAUAUAUAAUAAAUAUGUAAUUUGCAUUCAAAUACAGUUUGCAAUGUGACUUUAUAAGUGUAAAAGUCGUUUAUAUAUUUCAAAAAUAUACCACAAAACUAGAUCAAAUUACGAGUUUCAUUUGGAUACCGAAACAGGAUUAACGCAACCACAAAUGGGUACAAUUGAGAAACGAUCGUUUUCCUUUCGUUUGCGCCGAUCAUUCGGCGAUGGUGGCAGUACGAAUAGCCGUAAUAGCAAUAACAACAGUAGCACCUGUACCAAUCAUAACAACCAGAAGCGAUGCAGUACUCCAUUGACACCGAUUAGCACUAGUACCGGCAAGUUGGAGGUACCAGGUGCAUCUGUAAGCCGCCGUAGCAGCAUUUACAAGAAGCCAGAUAAGAAUGAUGGGGGCCAAAUUCAUUUGAUUCCAGAUGUGGAGCUGCCGUUGAUGACAUUCGCAGAUCAGUACAACAUUGAAAAGACAUUGGCUGAGGGCUGUUUUGCCAAAAUUCUGCUUUGCCGUCACAGGCAAACAAACACAACAGUUGUGCUAAAGGCGGUCCACGCUGAGCUUACCACGAUCAGAGAGUUUCAAAAAGAGUUCCACUACAACUAUGAGCUAUCUCAUCAUCAUCAAAUACUCAGCGCAUAUGCUGUGGCAUUUCAAACCAUGGAUUACUACGUCUAUGCUAUGGAGCAUGCACCGUAUGGGGAUUUGGCCUCUAAUAUUGGCCCAAAUGGUUUGCAUGAGACAGCCUGCAAAUUGAUUGCCGAACAGUUGAGCUCAGCUCUUGGUUUUAUGCACUCAAAAAAUUUGGUACAUCGUGAUCUUAAAAUUGAGAAUGUGUUGGUUUUUACUCCAGAUUUUACGAGAGUGAAACUUUGUGAUUUUGGGGCUACCACUAAAAAGGGUUUGUUGGUACACAAGGUGAAGCAUACGUGGACCAGUUGCGUGCCCCCAGAGCAACUCGAGUUAAUAAAAAAUGAGCGCUUUCAGUGUUUGCCGAUCAGCGACUCUUGGCAAUUUGGUAUAUUGCUAUACAACAUUCUUACUGGCAGUCCACCAUGGCAAUCCGCUGAUUGGGUUAAGGAUCAGUCGUAUGCCAACUUUAUGAAGUAUGAGCAGAGAAAGACGACAAAAGUGCCUGACAAUUUCCGUCGCUUCUCUCCACGGCUUAUGCGGUGCUUUCGCAAGUAUUUGAGUCACGAUUCCGAGGAUCGUUGCAAGAUUACUGAAGUCAACAAGUACAUGAAAGAUCGAUGGGUGGAAUGCCGCAUUUCAGCUUCCAAGUCAGCUACGCUAAUCUCUCCAAAUCAACAUGAUCAAGAUUCAUGCAUCUAUCUUAACCAGCGCGAAGGACGAAUCUCUGGAGAUGAGAAUAAGUUACGCUUCAAAAGGAUGAUGUCAAGCUAUGGUCUAGAUAUACCUAUUGAUCAAACAAUGGUCCGGCGGCGCGUUUGGGAUUGGCUAUCAACAUGUGAUGCAAGCUUUGAUCCCGAAAUUGAAAGUUUGCAUGCCUUAGAUAUGGCCUUGUAGAUGGCUGCAAUUAAUGAGUGUGAAACAUUCAAAUUUGUUUAUCUAUUCUACCGAUAAUGAAAAAUGACUCCCCCAAAAAAAAGGGAUUUUGGAAUUUGUUAACACAAGACCGAAUUUUAUAUACAUAAAUAAUAUUUUUAGAUAAUAAACUUCUGUCAAUGUUUAGAAUUUGAAGUACAGAAGCCCAACAAGAGGCUCUAAAGACCAAGAAUGUAAAAAUAAUAGGUAAUUCAUACUCAUAACAAACAUAGACGUUAAAUAGAAUAAGAAAAUCAUGUCUUCGGAUCACUUUCCACUAUUGUUACCUUUCUAGUCUUCCGCUAAGAUGGUUUUAUAAUCUGUAUGAAAAUAUAGUUUUAUAUAAAAAAUGUUAUUAAUAUACAACCUAUUUAUACAAAUGAUACGAAAUAAUGCAAUUAUGUAGAACCUAAUGAAAUUAUAUAGUUAAGUGUGAUUUACAUAUAUUUCAGGAAAUAUACAUAAUAAUGCAUGACCAAAUGUAAUUUAAAUUUUAUUUUAUAAACUAUUUGUAUAUAUACCUUACUUUUUUUAUAUGUAACUAUAAUAAGCUUUGUUUUAUAUUCACAAUAAUUUGUAAAAAUGAAUUGUAUUUUCCAAAUCAAUGUAAAGGCGCUAAAAAAACGUGAGCUUGUUUUUUAUUCGUUGAAAAGGCACAUCAAACCAUGGGCAAUACUGAACUAUUGAACUAAUUUUGCAUACGAAAACGAUUUGAAUUUUGGUGUUUUCUGUGGCGCACAUUGAUCUUCGAUUAAUGGCUUCAGCAUUUUAUGGUCAUAUGUA